CGCUGCCGAACCCUUUUUAUUCCUUUUAAAGAUGCGGCAAAGGGAGCGUUCUGGUUUAUCAUUUACUGACAUUGUUAAUAAGCUUAGAAAUUUAUCCAUAAGUUUUGACUUUGGUCGACCUGAUCCGCACCGGGCCAGGCGUCAGCUUAUCUCGCAGUACAAUCGUAAACCUUCUAUAUACGAGGAGGAAGACCCUAUAAAGAACUGUUUACUCCUUCCAGGGCGUGUUACAGCAUUCGUAAGCGAUUUAUUCCAAGACCAUAGCACUUUGGAAGAGUCCAUUGCUACUGAUGACCGUAAAGUAAGGUCAUCCUCCGUGGGUGAUGGCGUAGAUGGAGCCCCUCGAAAUGUAGUUUGUGAUAAUUUGGACGUUUCGGUAUAUAAGGUCAUACAGCGUGCAAUAUGUUAUGCCGGUGCUGGACUGGGCAUUGUAGGCAUUGGAAUGGUAACAUUUUUCGGUAUCUUUACUGCCGCUGGCGCUGCUUGUACUGUGGUUGCCUGUAACAAGGUUGCCGACCAGAACUGCAAAGUUGACGUUUACGACCCUUCUGACAGUGAUGCCUAUUACGAAGGCCGCGCGAUUAUAUCUACUCCGAACAACUAUCAGCCGGGAGAUAUGUCUAGCACCUCGCCAAUGCACAUCCGCCCGCAAUAUUCGCCAUAUUUGAUGUGAUUGGAUAAUUCCAAGACGGCAUUGUU